AUGAUCUUGUCAACGUGUAUUUCAACAUAACCUUAUUUUGUUUAGACUUUCAGUGGUUAAUUAUUGUUAUUGCCGGUUAAAAUACAGUAAAUAUUCAUUAGUUGUACGUUCUCACGAACAUUAAAACUAUCCAGGAAUUAUUCAUGAGUGCCAGUGUUUCAUUUAGCUACAGCUAUGUCUGAAAAAAAGGGCGCAGGAGAUCAGAAAGAGAAAAAACGAAAAGAAUCGAUUCUAGACCUAUCAAAGUAUUUGGAGAAGAGUAUCCGAGUGAAAUUUGCCGGAGGUCGAGAAGCAUCAGGUAUACUGAAAGGUUACGAUCCACUUUUGAAUUUAGUUUUGGACAAUACCACAGAGUAUUUAAGAGACCCAGAUGACCCGUACAAAUUAACCGAAGACACAAGACCAUUAGGACUAGUUGUAUGCAGGGGAACAUCAGUUGUUUUAAUAUGCCCAGUUGAUGGAAUGGAAGCUAUUCAAAAUCCCUUCAUAUCUCAAGAAUAAUUACAAUAGCAUUACAGUUAUAAUUUCCUUUGUAAUUUAAGAUUAAUUUGUAACAUAAAAUAAAUGGUAAUUCUGAAAAAAAAAA